GAGAGGGGAUUGGGAAAGUCCAAGUUAAAACCCCGACUUACAGGAAUUAGAAAGAAAUCUAUGAUGCUCUAUAGUAUGUUCAAGUCGCCCGAAUCAGUGAUGGAUGCCAUCAACAAUCUUCGAGUAUCCAAGGGGAGUUGGAAACCACGGAACCUUUGGCUUUCUUCAUAAUAAUCGAGCGGGCCUGCAUCCCGCUCGCUGUGCUGCCGAGACUGCUGCGCACAAAAGGCUGCUCUGCUUGUUCGAGAUGGAUGCUUAUGAUUCCAGACGAAUGCUCUCAGGAGGUGAUAGUAGUUAGUAGUUUUGGUAAAACCUCGUCUUUAGUAAGUAGUAGUUUUGCCUCCUCUCGGGUGCGCGGACCUCGUAUGUUCGAGCGUGUAGCGUGUGUGAUGCUCGCAUGCUUGGAAUUCUGGAAGCCUGGAGCAAGCCGCGGAUUUCAACGUAGGUAGUUUUAGUCGUGCUUCGGGGCAGAAUUGAUCACAGGUGCAUGAUGGAGAGGCAAGGCUUGCCAAUGCUCAAUCACUUAUUGCAGCACACCCUCCGCGGGCUGUGCUGCGACACGCAGUGGGUGUACGCUGUCUUCUGGCGCAUUCUUCCGCGCAACUAUCCCCCUCCCAAGUGGGAGAAUGAAGGCAGAGUCAUGGACAGAUCUAAAGGCAACCAACGCAAUUGGGACUGAGCCCGCAGUCUGCGUAAUUUUUCGAGUUUGGAGCUUCG